GGUCCGCCUCCACAGUCAGGGUUCAGGGUUGGACUUGAGUGCUUCCUGGUGCAGCUCAGGUAGAAGAAAGACAAACACAAGUUACAGCUCAACUCAAAGUUGUGGGCGAAAUUCAGCUCGCAUUCAGCUCUCACUCAUCACGCAAUGGCUGGGAGCGUGAAGAGGUUUUACGACCUGUCCGCCAGGCUCCUUUGUGGAGAGACCCUGAGCUUCUCCUCUCUGCAGGGGAAGGUGGUGCUCAUCGAGAACGUGGCGUCACUCUGAGGAACCACCACCAGGGACUACACUCAGAUGAACGAGCUCUACUCCCGCUACUCCGCACAGGGGCUUGUCAUCCUGGGUGUGCCCUGCAACCAGUUUGGACAUCAGGAGAACUGCAAGAAUGAUGAAAUCUUGAAGUCUCUGAAGUAUAUCCGUCCAGGCAAUGGCUUUGAACCCAAGUUCCAACUGCUUGAAAAGGUGGAUGUCAACGGAAAAGAUGCCCACCCCUUGUUUGUUUAUCUGAAGGAGAAGCUGCCCUUCCCCUCUGACGAUGCCAUGGCACUCAUGAGCGAUCCCAAAUUCAUCGUUUGGAGUCCCGUCAGCAGGAACGACGUCUCCUGGAACUUUGAGAAGUUCCUGGUCAGUCCUGAUGGGGAGCCUUUCAAACGCUACAGCAGAAAGUUCCUCACCAGCGACAUCGAGGCCGAUAUUAAAGAGCUGCUCAAGAGGGUCAAAUCCUAAAACACCACCCUGAGUGGCACUAAAAGAUAAGAGUGUUAAUCACUAGUCACACAUUUGCUUUGGGCACUUAAUAGUAUUUUCUUUAUUCUGUGUUAUCACCAAAAUCCAUUCUACAUCACACCCAAAAUUUCAGCCAGGAUAUUCACUGUGGUACACUGUGGCUGCUCAGCAUGUUUACUAAAUGAAGACACUCCUUGAAACCUUUUUGUGUGGGAGUUUCUGAUAAAGACGUAAAAGCCUGAACCGAACACUGUGUAUUACUGAUGAUUACAAAUACUUUGAUAGGGCAAACUGCAAGAGAAUAAAUACAUUAUAUAAGAAA